AAAGCUCAACAAGAAUUUUUAGGAAACGUUAAAAAUUGAGGCAUUAAACGGUUGGUUGGUUGGUUGGUUAAUGUUGGCCAGGUUGUGGGCGUGGUUGGAAUGGGGAAGAGAAAAGCUUCUCGUUGCAGCUUUGACUUUGACAGAGUAAAACUCAACCCAUUUCCACCACCACCACCAUAAUCAUCAAAACAGAACCAAAGCAAUAAAAUAAACACAAAAAGAUCAUAUAUAUAUAUAUAUUAUAUUUACGGAAAAAAGGGGUUUUUUUUUCAUUUUUUUUGGGUUUCUUUGAUCUGAUGGGUUUGAAGCUGUAUUUGGGAGCUUGGUCAGGCCAGCUCCUUAUCUGGGUCCCAAGAGAAAUCAUCUAAAAAGGGUCGAAAGAUUUUCUCUCUCUCUCUCUAAUUUUUUUUCUCCCCUGAGAAAAAUUGAUCUUUUUUCAAGUGGGUUCAAAGCCUUUUUGAUUCAUCUGGGAAAUAUCUGGUGUUUUGGGGUUGUUUCUGGAAUGUGGAGGGACGCUGGAACUCCUGCUGAUUCUUUCUAUCAGGUCCGACCAGAGUGCACUGAUGUUCCCAAAACUCGCUUCAAAAUCAAGGCUGGUAAAACCCUAAGCGUAAGGAAAUGGCAGGCUGCAUUUACUCCAGAAGGGUAUCUGGAUAUUGGCAAGACGUUAAGCCGAAUACAACGUGGGGGAAUCCACCCAUCAAUUAGAGGAGAAGUAUGGGAAUUCUUACUUGGUUGCUAUGAUCCCAAGAGUACAUUUGACGAGCGAGACCACAUGCGAGCACGUCGAAGGGUGCAAUAUGCUAGGUGGAAGGAAGAAUGCUGCCAACUAUUUCCGGUUGUUGGAAGUGGUCGGUUUAUUACGGCCCCCAUAGUCACUGAAGAUGGUCAGCCAAUUCAAGAUCCAAUAGUACUUCAAGAAACAAAUGUGGACAGUGGCACAGCUGUUCGGAAUGACAUGGUUGGUUCAAGUACAAAUGCUUCCAAUAAUUUGGGAGAGGUGAAGGACAAAAAAGUAAUCCAGUGGAUGCUUACCUUGCAUCAAAUAGGUCUUGAUGUGGUUCGCACUGAUCGGACAUUGGUGUUUUAUGAGAAGCAAGAUAACCUAUCAAAACUUUGGGACAUUCUAGCCAUAUAUGCUUGGAUAGAUACAGAUGUCGGCUAUUGCCAAGGGAUGAGUGACCUUUGCUCCCCCAUGAUUAUCCUUCUCGAGGAUGAAGCUGAUGCAUUUUGGUGCUUCGAACGCUUGAUGCGCAGAUUGCGAGGAAAUUUUAGAUGCACUGAUAGCCAUGUUGGAGUGGAGACACAACUUAGUAAUUUGGCUGCAAUUACUCAAGUUAUUGAUCCAAAACUUCAUCAGCAUUUAGAGACACUUGGUGGAGGUGACUAUUUAUUCGCCUUUCGGAUGCUUAUGGUUUUAUUCCGUCGAGAGUUUUCCUUUUGUGAUUCAUUGUACCUUUGGGAGAUGAUGUGGGCACUAGAAUAUGACCCUGAUUUAUUCUCCCUCUACGAAGAACCUGGUGGAGCUAAUGAAAGAGCUGACGGAUCUCAAGGGAAAGCAAAGUCAAUACGUCAGUGUGGGAAGUACGAAAGGGAAAAUAUGAAGAAUGGGGCGAAAAAUUCAGAAGCGCCACUCCCUAUCUCGGUUUUCCUCGUUGCUAGUGUCUUGAAGGAUAAGAGCUCAAAGCUACUGCACGAGGCUCGCGGUCUUGAUGAUGUUGUUAAGAUAUUGAAUGACAUGACUGGAAACUUGGAUGCCAAAAAGGCAUGUACUGGCGCAAUGAAACUUCACAAGAAAUAUCUGAAGAAGGCCAAGAAGGCAUAGCAUUAGAUCGCGACAUUUCUGGCUAAUCGAGUGCUAAUCGGGAUUUUUCACAUGCUUUGGCUUAAUUUGGCAAGGGAUUAAGAAGUAAAUUCUACAAGAAUCUUGGCGCAGAGUUCACCAAGUUUGUUUGGGCUUUUGAGUUCAGCAGAAACAACUGCUGCAAAUUAAUCUCCAUUUGUUUGUACACCAAAAACAUUCUUUAAGUAGGCAUUAUACAAAUCCUACUUUGUAUGUCGCCAUCUGUUAUGUUGUUGUCUGUAACAAUUUGAUAUAAAAUCACCAAAUAAGAAAGAAAGAAAAAAAGGGAAGAAAAAAAAAAAAGAAAAAAGAAAUCGUGGGGGUCUUGAACCCAAUAAAUGAAAUUACGCAUUCUUUUUAUUCUUUUGGAAAUGAUUUGAGAGAGAAUCAUAUACUUCUGACUUUGAAGAAUCCUCUUACGCAUAAUCAAAGUUAUU